CCUUCUUUCCCUCCUUUCUCGCUCGCCUCUCCCUAAUUUAUUAUUCUGAAUUGCACCACACAUACACAAACCUAAUCACAUUACUUUUGAAUUCACACCAAUGUCUGCGCUUGACAACGACGGCAGCUCGGCCAUCAGCCGCGACAUCGCAGGCGGCGACCGACCACCACUCAGCGCCAGCUCAGCCCACGCAGUGUACGAAAUAGCGCACACAGCCGAGCAGAUCAUCUCGGGAAAGUAUACGCAGGUGGCGCUUCAAUUCCCAGACGAACUACUGAUAGACUCAACUAUAGUCUCGCAAGAGCUGCAAAAACUGAUACCGCCCACUACUCGGGUAUUCAUUCUCGCGGACACUUCGUUUGGCAGCUGCUGCGUGGAUGAAGUGGCGGCCGAGCAUUAUUCGGCCGAUCUCGUUGUGCACUACGGAAAGACUUGUUUGAGUUUGACGUCGCGGGUACCUGUGCUGUACGUGUUUGGCAGAGAGCAGAUGGACGUUCCUGGGUGCCGGCAGUCAGCGUGCUGCGGCAACGCAUGCGAGCAGCCGGCGGCCACCUCAGCGGAUGGCUCGUCCGACGUGUCUUUAGAAACCACCGGCAUUACGCCCGGGCGCUCAUGGGACCUGGCAGCCGGAAAGUCGCUCAGCGACUACACCAUCCUGUACCUUGGCUCCGAGGGCGCGACGCUGACCAACCUCAUGCUGACUGCGCGCGCACAGUGCGUUUUCAGCUACAACGCGCAGACACACUGCCUGCGCGAGGAGUCCGCCACUGCCAACCGGCAUCUCAGCCGCCGCUACUUUGCCGUGCAGCGCGCCAAAGACGCCGACGUCAUCGGCAUUGUUGUCGGCACGGUUGCGGCCACGCGCUACAUUGCCGUGCUGCAGCAGCUGAAGCAAAUGGUGAAGCGCGCGCACAAGAAGCUGUACGUGUUUGUGGUCGGCAAGAUGAGCAUGGUCAAGCUGGCAAACUUUGCCGAGAUCGAGGCCUUUGUCCUGGUCGCCUGUCCUGAGAACUCACUGGUUGAUGGGAAGGACUUUGACAAGCCCAUUGUGACACCGUUUGAGAUGAUGCUGGCCAUGUCGCGGACGAGGGAGUGGACGGGCGAUUACGUGACCGAUUUCGGCGACUUCUUGGAGCUGGCGCAGGAGGACGAGCCCCAGGAGGAUUGUGCGGGGAGCGGCAGCGAGGACAGCGACACGCCGCAUUACUCGCUGGUCACCGGCGCGCUGAAGCAUCGGCGCCGCUACAACGACCCGGCAGCCUCGGGGGGCGUUGAGGCUGGGGCGGGCGACUUGAUUCUGCGCAACAACAAGACAGACAUUGCCAAGUAUCUGGGAAGCGCGGCCGCCGAGCACCUUAUGGCUCGGUCAUUCCGCGGCCUGGGCCACGACGAGGACGCGGACGAGCGGGAGGAGCUGCCGCCCAUGCUGGCCAUUGAGGGCCGCAGCGGAAUUGCUCGCGGGUACAACACCGCCGAGAGCCAGGAUCACCGGAUUUAAACAUGAUUGCACACGCAGCAAACAAAAUCUGCGGGCGAGUGGGCGCGAAGAGGGGGAAUGAGAUCAUUUUCAAUGCUGAGCUCACAUUCUUCAUUCAUUUCGCCGCUCCCCUCCCCUCCCCACACGCACUUAUAUCCGCAAAUACAUAUUUACACAAACAUAAUUUGGGCAUUUAUAUAAGGAAAGGCUACUGCUCUGGGAUUGGAAAGUAAAGUCCGACUAUGGAAAUACUAUUAUUUCUCUGUCAUUUAUUGCGUUACCCUGAAUGUUCGCCGUAGCAACGAACACACACACAGAGAGAGAGAAUAAUGCUGAAUAUGAUUUUCUUUUGCUUUAUUGGCAAUGGUAAUGUUUGCUAUUUUACAUUGCGCAGUUUAUACAUAUUCUCUGGGAAUAAAAAAACCCCAGCCCGUCAGCGCCAUUUUGCUACCCUUAUUUAUUUCCAAGAAAAAGUAGACUACCCCGCUGCACUAUAUUUCUCCGCACGAAC